AUCAAAUUUAUAAACUAUAUAGAACUAAAUCAUACCCCGAUUUUCGAAGGCUCUAACAUUUUACGUUAUGAAUUUAUAAGUUAGCUGCUAAUUAACUGUUGUGUCGUUGUCAGCAUUAUCCAUAGAGAAGGCGUUGUCUAUGCUUCAUUUUUAAAUUGUUUAAUGUUUAUUGUCAUUCAUUGAAAAUAUUCAAUUACUGAUAUAUUGCCCAAGUUCAAUAAUUUAUUACAUUACAUAUUACAUAUUUGUCAAACAUUAAUUAAAUUUCUUUAAUUUACAUCCACAUAUAAUGGCUGAAGUAAAGAAACAUUUAUACGUUAAGAAAAGAGGUAAGUUCUAUUUUAUGUCAUAUUUUUUUUUACUAUUAUUUAAGUUUAAUGUAUGGUUUUUAUGAAUUUAGAGCAAAUACAAUUUUUUCAUACAUACAAAUAAUUUUACUUGUUUACACUCUCUUAGGGAAGGGAUCAAAAUACUUUUAUGGUACCUAUACUUGUUGUAAGAGUUAAUAAAUUAGUUCAGGUCGACAGCCGGUGUAUAAUUCUGUCAAACAACAUGAAAAGUUCUAAAUUAGACUUGAGAUAAUUAUUCCAUCUUGAAUGUAUGCAGAGAUAACAGGUGAGAAGAAGUAUCAUGGUGCAUGAUGUUUGAAGAUGAAAUAGCUUUGUUAAGGGAUUAAGAAGGAGUUAACAAUAGGCUUAAAACACUUGAAGGAAAGGGACUAAGAUUAAGUAGAAGUAAAAUAGAGUAUGAGUUCAGAGGAACAGGACAAGAUAGUUAAGGACAAUCAGUGGUUAUUAACGAUGUUCGGAGUUUCAAGUAACUAGGAUAUAUUGUACAAAAGAACGAUAGUUGUCAUGAAAAUGUGAAACAUAUUGAGGGUAGAUGGAUAAAGAAAAAAGAAGAAUCAAUUGUUUUAUUUGACAAGAGUAUUCAACUUAGUUAAGUUUUACAAAAGUGUAGUGAGAUAGACUAUGUUGUAUGGUUCAGAGUGUUGGGCCAAAGAAAAAUAGAAUAGAGAAUGAUGAUAAUUGCUUGAGGUUGUUGAGUGGAGUAAUAAAAUAAGAUACAAAAAGAAAUUGAUAUAUAAGUGGUACCUUAGGUGUAGCUUCGAUAAUAAUUUAGGAGUUUUUUUGACAAAUUAAAACAAUUGAUAAAAGUUAAAUCAAAGUAGCUAUUUGUUUUCUAAUUUUAAAAAUAAUAAUUGUAUUAUGUAUUAUAUUUAACAAUUCAUUUUUUUUAUGUCGAUUAUAAAAUAUUUUAAAUUAAUUUUACAAAUCUAAGCCUAUUACAUCUUGCUUAUUUUAAUUUUAGAUGGCAGUGUAGAAAGUGUACAUUAUGAUGAAAUUAUUGCACGUAUCAAACACUUAUGUUAUGGUUUAGAUUCAGAAAAUAUUGAUCCAGUAAGUUCAAAUAUAUAUUAUAUUUUCACAUAUAUUCUCUUAUAAUUUUUUUAUCUAUCUAUAAAAUUAUUGAAAGGUACAAUUUUUAGCAUAAAUUCUGGUUUACACUGUAAAAAUGUAUUUUUCAAAUAUUUGUCAGUGUGAAUCCAACUUAAAAAUAUCUAAUUGGAAAGUAUUGGUUUAUCAGUUUACUAUUUUAUAUUAAUUAAUGUAAUACAAAACUAUUUUCUAGGCUGCUUUGGCAAUUUGUGUGAUAAAAAAAUGUCUUUACCCUGGUAUUACUACAUCUCAACUAGACGAUGCAGCGGCUAAAAUGGCAAUUACUAUGGCUAACAUUCAUCCAGAUUAUGAGCAACUGGCUGCUCGUAUUGCUAUUUCUAAUUUACAUAAACAAACUAAAGAAAAAUUUAGUGGUAAACAUCCUUGAUUAUAUAAUCUAUAUUUUUAAUAUACCUAUUAAACACCAUUCUUUGAAAGCAAACACAAAAUAACAAUAAUAAUUAAAAAAAAUAUGUGUACGCAUUUGUGUUUUCUAUGUAGUUUUACUAUAUCUUUAUUUAUCAAUAUUUAGUUGAAAAAUGUCUAUAAUACAUGUGAAAUAUGAAAAGUGGUAAAAAAAAAAAAAUGGGCUUUUAUCUAAUACAUUGGUUUAUUCCAAUAUCAUAUCAGCUCACCAUUAGUUUUAUAGUUAUACGUUUCCUCUUAAAAAGAAUUCCAAUGUAAAAUAUAGAAAUAUGUGCUAUACCCAUAUAAUUUUAUAGAUAUCCAAAGCUAUCCUUACAAAAUUUGACUUUUAAAGGUUGAUUGAUAAAAGGUUUUUGAUAUUUAUGGCACGCAAAUUGAAUUGUUUGUUGGUUACUUUACAUCAAAUAAAUAAAUAAAUAAUCUAUUUAAAUUUUUCAUAGGUAAGAAAAGACAACAGCGUUUAACUAUAAAAGAAGCAUCUGGGACAGAAAAGAAGGUUACAUUGAGUUUCUUUAAUUAAAAUUGGUUUCUGAUAGGGUUUUUUUUAUUAAGCUUUUAAAUGGUAAAAAAAAAAAGUAGAAAAAAAUAGUUUCCCACAUUGCGGGGGAAAUCACUUUUUACCGUUAUCUGAUAUUCUGAUACAUGUUACAAUACAAAAACUAGAUAUAAAAAUUACACCUGAUAUCUGAUAUUUAAAAUUGAAGACCGUGAAUAUUUGUUGAAAUUCAUAUUUGAGACAUUAUAGACAUUUUUCUCUGAAAAAAAAAGAACUGGUAUUAGUUUAUGUAUCAGUCCACACGUAGGUAGUUAAAGGAUUUUACAAUUUAAAAAAAAAAAAAACUAAUGUUUUUACUGAGUUAAAAUAUAGUGUUUUGAAAAACAAUAAUUUUAGUGAUCUAAACUUGUCAGACAAUUGCUUCCCUUUUUAAACAAAUCUUGUUUUACUCGUGACAUAUCUAAAAUACAUGUGUGGUAUUUAUUUCCCUUGAUUAAAAUAAUAAAGUAAAAACAAAAUUAUAAAUGGUUAAUACUCAUAAAUAAAUUAAUGAAUAUUUCACUCAGAAACUAAAAUAAUUUAUAUUUAUAUAUAUAUAUAUAUAUAUAUAUGAUGUUGGACAAUAUAAAAAUAUCUCCACGAAUUAUGAACACUGUGAGAAAAAAAACAAUAUCAAAUUUCUUACUAAAUUUUCUGUUUAAUACGAUAAACAAUGAAAUAUUUAAAUUGUUGUACAAUCAGUAGUGACAGUGUAGCGUGUUCAAGUAAAUAUUAAAUAAAGAUUUUCUUUGUGAAUAUGGAUACUAACAUAUGAUAUAUUUGCAAUUUCUGUACCCAAAUUGAAUUUUAAGAAUUAAAUCUGUUGGAACUAUGUAUGAUGGCCCUUUACUUUUUUCCAGUGGUGGUUUUAAGAAUUUAUCCAGGGAGAGUGUGCAUUGAUAUUACUUAUAUAUUUAACUUAAACAAAUAUUAUCCCAUUGAUCAUGCAUUAAUUUAAUUUAAAUUACCCAACUUUUACUGUCAAAAAAAUUACUUUCUUUUUUAACUUAAAUAAUCUAAUCUAACUUGUUUUACAAAAUUCAAAAACUCCUAGGAUAAAGAGAACAGGUGCAGUGACUACUAUAGGUAAUUUAAUUUAUAUUUGUAAGCAACGAUUAACCAAUGCUAAUGAAAAAACGAUUUUGAGCAGAAUUUGGUUGAUAGUAUUGUUUUGUUAACAAUAUAUACUUCAUAUUAUGGUAUAAUAAUUACAUAUGCAUAAUAUAGUUUCUUUAAUAUUGUACCUAUUUUCUCGCUUUUCCCAUUUAUUGGGAAAACUUCAGGGAAAAUCUAAGAAUGACCUCCCUAAAUUAUCUUCCUAGUCAGAUUUACUUUCAGAAAAAGUGCUAUCAUUCAAUCAUCGUAAAUCUGAGCAAAAUGGCUAGUAAAAAAGUCCAUAGGAAAAAAAAAACCCGUAAUAUUUUAGUAAUAUAUUACUUAAAUUUUCCCGUUUGUUUUUCCAACUUGAUAAAUAUAUAAUAUAUAUCAUGCAUAAUAUAAUAUUUUCCAUGUAAUGUAUAUAUGACGCGUAUAAAAAAAGAAAUAUAAAUCUUAUUAAUUUACCAAUUAUUUUUUUUUUUUAUAAAUUUUCAAUGAUAAACUAAUUCAAAGUUUAAACCCAGUCUGGGGGGUUUAGACCCCCAAGACUCCCCUUGUAAAACUGCUACUGCUUGUUUCCAUAGUUAACUAGGGUUAUUUAAUUGUGGUCAAAAUGCUUACAGAAUGCAGAUAAAGAAAAAAAUAAAGAUAAUACCAAAAUAAAAAAACUUAAAAACGAAUUAGAAGAAAAAGAAGAAAUGUAUGAACUAAUUCAAAAACAAUUAAGACUUGUUAGUUAUUAAUUUUCUAUAUAAAACUGCUGUUGUAAGAAAAUUGUUUCUGAUUAUUUAUUUCUUAUUAGUUAUUUCCAUUUUGUUUUAUUUACUUGAUUUUAAUUUUGAUUUUUGUUAUAAUAAUAGUAUUGUACUUAUACCUACUAAACAAUUAAAAAAAAAAAAAAAAAAAGAGUACCUGAUAAUACUAUUAAUGUUUCUAUAAUAUGUAUAAGAAAUAAAACUAUUUCCUCAUUAUUUAUUAGUUACAUAGCUUCUGUCUAAUAAAAUAAUAAAGUAAAAAUAAAAUUAUUAAAUGGUUAUAACUCUGAAAUAAAUAUUUAAAUAAAUAAUUUACAUAUUAUAGAGAUAAACAAAUUAGUAAAUUAAUGUGUUGCCUGGAGUUUUAUGAUGAGUGUAUUAUACAACCGGUUUCAAAUUAAAAAAUUAUCAGAUAUAUCACAGUCAAAAUUUAAAACAACUGAAUAUAACAAAUUAAAUGAAGGAAUACAUAGAAAACAACGUUAAAAGUGAUUUUUAUAUCUUAAAUCAAUUUUUUUCUAUAGUUAUAGAUUAAUAGUUCAAGCUAAAUAACAAUUGUGUAUUUUAGAUAUUUUUAGAUUAUUUUAUGACAACUUGUAUUUAAAGCACUAUAAUUUCACAAAGUAAUGUUUAUUAAAUGUAUGAUAUGCUAACAAAUAUUUGUGGCAUUUUAUUUUUAUAGAUGUAAUGGAUGACAUUUUUAAGAAUGAUGAUUAUUGGAAUAUUGGUUUGUCAGAAGAUGUUUAUGAAAUAAUAAUGAAAAAUAAAGACUAUUUUAAUUCUGCAAUUAACUAUGAAAAUGAUUAUAGUUUAGAUUAUUUUGGAUUUCAAGUACUGUUUAAUAUUAUUUAAUUGAGUUUAUAUGAUAAUAAUAAUAUUUUUCUGUGUGUAAUUUUUAGAAUUUAAUGCAAUAUUAUUUAGCUAAAUCUAACAAUCAAACUAUUGAACGGCCUCAACAUUUAUUUAUGAAAGUUGCUAUAAGUAUUCAUGGGCAUGAUAUUGGUUCAGCUAUUGAAACAUAUAAUAUGUUAUCUCAAAAACUUUUUAUGUUUUCUCCAGUUGUAAUACAGUUACAACCAGCGUCCAAAAAAUUGAAUGUACCAGUUAUAAGGUAAAAAUACAUGUUAUUCAGUAAAACCAUAAUAUUAAUAUUUAUACUUUAUUAGUAAUUAUUCAGUUGCAAUGAUAUCUGAUAGCAUUGAUGGUAUAUAUGAUACAGUUAACCGUCUUUCUAAUUUUGUUUUGCCUUAUUCGAGUACUGCCGUUCAUGUACACAAAAUACGCGCUGCUGGCACUUAUAUUAAAGGAAGCAAUGGAAAAUCAAAUGGUCUUCCUCUUAUGUUAAAACAAUAUGAUAUUGUGUUAAAGAACUAUGAGACACCUGAGAGACCUGAAAGUAUUAAAGGUCUAGCAAUUUAUUGUGAAUUAUGGCAUGCAGAUAUUAUGAAAGUUUUAGACCAAAUUAGGAAAACAGCUAUUGCAGAUUUAAAAUUAAAAAAUAGUUACCCAGCUUUAUGGAUACCAGACGAAUUUAUGAGAAGAGUAGAAAAUGACCAGAUAUGGAGUUUUAUGAGCCCUGAUCAUUGUCCUGGUCUUACAGAAGCUUAUGGAAAAGAAUUUGACAGUCUUUAUAAAGAGUAAUGACUUAAAAAUAUGAUCUAAUCUAAUCAAUUUUAUAAUUAAAUCAAUUUUUUUUUAAUUAUAAUUAUUCUUAGGUAUGAAUUAAAAAGUAAAAGUUUUGUUAUAAAACAAAUUGAAGCAAAGAAAUUAUGGUCACAGAUUAUUCAAUCUCAAAUCGAAACAGGUUUUCCAUUAUUACUAUUUAAAGAUGCAUGCAAUGCUAAAAGUAAUGAAUCUCAUCUGGGAACCAUUCAAUGUGCUGGUCGUAAUGGGGAUACUGUACAAUUUACUGCACCAGAUGAAGUAAUUUUGUAUAUCAAACUAAUUAAUACAAUUUCUAACAUAAAAUGAGGUUUCGCUGUGUUAAAUAAAUUACUCUAUUGAUAGGUGGCAAUAUGUACUACUGCUUCAAUUGCAGUUAAUAUGUUUUUAACCACUCAAAACACUUUUAACUAUUCAAAACUCAAGGAAGUUGUGAAGAAAGUGACUUAUGAUUUGAAUAAAAUAAUUCAAAAUAAUAAUGAUAUACUUAGCAAGGUAAUUUAUACUUAUGCUUUUCAAUUACUUAUAAUUGUAAUUGAUAAUAUUUUACAGGAAAAAUAUUUAACUUUAGGAUUAAAACAAAAUCAAUUAGCAAUUGGAAUUGGUAUCCUAGGAUUAGCAGAUUUAUUUAUUAAAAUGAAAUAUUCUUUUGAUCAAAAAGAAGCAUUAGAGUUAAAUAUAAAAAUUCAUGAAACAAUUUACUAUGGUGCUUUAGAAGCAAGUUGUGAAUUAGCUGCUAAAUUUGGUCCUUAUAAAACAUAUCACAAUAGUCCUGCUAGUAAAGGGGUAAGUUAACUAAAUUUAAAAUUUAAAUUCUGAGCAAAGCAAUGAAGUUUUAUUGUGAUGUGUGUUUUUCUUUCCCGUCUGUGAACUCUUUAGUGGUUAUAAUAUUUGGCGUAGAAAUAUAUUUAUAGGAAACGACACUAACGCAUUAAUUUGUGGUUGAAAUUUUUCAAUGUUUUAUAUUGAAUUACUUAUACCCGAACAUUGUGCAGUAAGUGCCAUUAAUUAUUAGGUAAGAAAUUAUACUGGGUGGUAAGCAACAAUUUAAGCAGUAAACAAACUGUUAAAAAAAAAAUAUAUAUAUAUAUGCAGUAAACUUAUGUGCCACAAUAAAACGGGUGUAAUGGGGUAUUUUUAGCAUGACUAUUUGUUACUUACAUCAUAUGAUGAUAGAAUGAAUUAAGCAACAAUGUGUAUGAUAAAUUCAGUAAUUAACUAUAGAAAAAGUAUAUAAUUUUGGUCCCAUUUACGAGUACUUACAACUUUUUUUUUAUAAUGAUAUAAGAUUAUAAGAACAACUUAAUGAAAAUUAUAUUAAACUGUUUAGCAUUUUUGAAGUUAUAAGAAUUUUAUCUACUUAAAACCAAUCCAAAACUAAUAGCUAUUUAAAGAUUAUAAAUGACUAGUUUAUUUUUAAAAAUCUACCUCUUCUUAUAAAGAGCUAAUAUUCGGUGAAAAUGUUAAGUCUACAAUUAUUUUAAAAAUUAAGUUAAAAUUAAAUUCUCCUUGAUUUUCACCAUUAUUAAGGAAAUAACAAAAAAAUUUAAAAAAGAAUUACCUAUUUAACUAACUAAAUCCAAAAUACUUUAAGUUCCUAUAAUGUUUUUGAAUAAAACAGGGUUUUUAGUCAAAAUGUUGAUAACAGAUAUAAUACUAAAAGAGUCGAUACUGCUGAAGGAUGUGCCAAUGCUUUAAGUUAAAAAAUAGAAUACAAAGGUGUUAAUUAAUUUAUAUCUGUUCAUAACAAUAAAUAAUUAUUACUAUCAAAGUUUUGAAAUGCUAUGAUAUUUAAGAUUUUUGUAAAAUGUGACCUUUAAACUUUUAUUUUAAAAAAAACCUUAAUUAAGCUUUUUUUUACCAUUAAACACAAUUUAUGACCCUCUUGUAAAUUGUUACACACAUCAUAGUAAAACCAAUACAUUUCUCACGCUCAAUAGCAUUUUUGUGUACAAUGAAUUAUUGUUGCAUACAGUACCUAUAUUAACUUAACUUUAUACAUAUGUUCCCUAUUUGCUACCUGUAACAGUAGCCAAUCUAUGAGCAUAUCUUAACCCUCUUUAAAAAAUUUUUAAUUUUCUUGUUAAUUUGAUGUAUGCAGCUAUUACAAUUUGAUUUUUGGAAUGUAAAACCUUCCAAUUUAUGGAAUUGGAGUAGCCUGAAAAAUAAAAUUUCAGAACAUGGAUUACGAAAUUCCCUUGUUACAAUUACUUCAAAUACUGAAAUUGAGUCUAAAAUUUUUGGAAGUAUGAAUUCUAUUGAACCAUUAGAUUCCAAUAUUAAAUUUAAAUAUGUUUCAUUUGAAGAAAACAAACAAACAAAAAUUCAGGUUAUUUUAUUCAUUUUUCUUACAUUUUUAAAUAAUAUGUAUGAUUAUUUCUUAACUAUAUUUAUUUGUUAUAAUUUAAGGUUUGCAAUCCAUACUUAUUAAAGGAUUUGUAUAGUCGUAAUCUUUGGCAUGAGAAAUUAGUAUCUGAAUUGGUGAAUAAUUCAGGUUCAAUUCAAGUAAUAAAUUAGAAAUUUUUGAAAUUUAUUAAUCAUUAAUAUAAUUAUAUAUUUAGAACAUAAAAGACUUACCAGAAGAUUUAAAAGAACUGUACCUAACAAAAUGGGAAGUUGAUCAAAAAGUUUUAGUACGCAUGGCAGCUGAUAGGGCCCCAUUUAUUGAUCAAUCACAGGCACUUACGCUUUAUAUGGAUAAAGCGAAUGAAAAUGAUAUUUCUAAUAUGCACAUGACUACAUGGAAACUUGUAAGAUAACUUAAUUUUAAAAUUGGAAUAUUGUUAUAAUUACUUAAUUUUGUGUAGGGUUUGAAGACUGGUAUGUGUCAAUUAAAAAUUAAGCAAACCGAAUAAUGAUCCAUGAAAUUCAUAAAUCAUUACACUAUUUCAUUUAGUCUUUUUUUAUUUUGAAGUAUAAAUUAGGUAUGUAAUUUUUAGAAACACUGUAUGUUUUACAUUAUACAUAUUAAUUUUAAAUAUAUUUUGUACCUACACUUGAUUUAAUUAUAAUUAUUAUUUUUUUUUUUUUUUGGAGCCCAUAUAGUCUUGUGUUUUUGUAUUUUUAAUAUUAUACAAUUUUGCAUAGUUUAAAUUUGAAUUCAGAAUGGUUGUAAUUCAGAAAAUAAUAUAUUUCAGGUUUUUGAAAACUCGGGUUUAAAAAAAAUAUAUAUUUAUUUAGGUAUUAGGCUGCUGGUUUUCUAAAUUUUCUCCAAUUUUGUAAAAUUUUAAAAUUGUCUUCAAAAUUUAAGGUCUUCAUUAUGACCACCUUAAAGAUAAGACUUUCCCGCUAAUAUACUGCCGAUACUUAUUUAGAGAGAAAAGGUAAAGUUCAUUUUACAGAUGAAAAUAACUUUAUAGAAAUAGAGAUAGCUUCCUGUUAAUAUAAUAUUUUUUUAUUAAAUUGUUUAAUGUAUUAAACUUCAAUAUUUUAUUUGAUUACAAAUGUAGGUAAAUUGAAAAUUUACCAGUUUUAAAGAUUUAUUAUAAAUUUUAAAAAGAUAAUAUUAUGUAUUGAGUUCAAUACUGUAUAUAAAAGGUUUUUUUAUUUCUAACAAAAAAAUAAUCAUUGAAAUUUUUUUUCUGUUGUACAUAUUAUUGAGCCAAAAAAAAAAAAAAAACGCUAAAACUGGGUCCUUAAAUUAAAAUAAAGUUUGAUAUUAUGUACUUCCAUAUUAAUUUGGUUACAGAAUCCAAAAUCUAUCUAAAUUCUAUGUUUUAUAAUUAAGCUAUAUAAAUUAUGAUUAAAAUAAAUAAAUCUCCUAUUAGCAAGAAUUGUAAUAUUUAAGUAAUUGAUUGUAUACACAUUAAAAGUUGAUAAAUUUUGGCUUUAGAAUUAAGAUGUAAAUUACACCAAAGUAAAUAAAACAGAUUAAUCAAAAAUGUAAUAUUAUCCUGAAAUACAUUAGAUUCCACUUUAAUGGAAUAUGUUCGUGAUACCCAUUUUAUCCUCCUAAUGAUUUGUAAAUUUGAUCAUAAGUCAGAAACAAUCUGUAAUUUUUUUUGUAUGUAUUGAAUUUAUAGCAGACCAUGCUAGAAAUUCUUUCUAUACAAAAGAUAAUUUAAAAAUCGAACAUUUAAAAUCCGUAUUUUGCAUAUUUUAUAGACUUUCAUUGAUUUUUGUAUAUUAUGCAUAUUUAAUAUUUGUUAAAAAUCUUUUUUUUUUUUUCUUAACCAAUGUAGUUUCAAUAAUGUUGAAUAUAAAGUUCAAUAUUAUUUAAUGUUAUUUCUUUUCAUCCCUGUUUAUUAUUAAUUAAUGAUAACGGUGCAAUUCACAUUUAGUGUUUAUCCUUUUGUGCAUAUUAAUAAUGACAGAUGUUUUUGAAUAAUAUUUUGCAUAUUUAGCACUUAUAGCUUCUAAGCCCUAGUAAUAUGUGUUCAAAAUGUGCUAGAAAUUAUAAUAUUUUAGAUAUUUGGAAAUCUUAUUGUUUACAUACUUGGUACACGUUCAUUUUUAGUUCAUUGCUGUAAUAAACAAAUUUAAUCUACUAAUAUUUAGUUUACAGAACACUGGAUAAAUGAUAAAAAUAUAUUUAAUUAGUAUCAAACUCCGAGUAAUUGUGUUUAGUAGUAAAAGUAUGUAUUAUUAUUAUUUUUAUUGAUACCAUUCAUUUCAUUUUUUGGUAAAUUCUACUUUACAGCUCCUCACAAUUUUUAAUUUAUUUAAAUUAUUUAAUAAUUUUUCAGUAACUUUUUUUAAAAUUCAUAUUGAUUUGAAUUUGCUGGUUUUGUGAUUUCAAAUAUGAUAGGUAUAUUUGAUUUCAAUAUUAGGUUCGGACCUACAGGUCUUAAAUUAACCUGCAUCUUAAUUUGUGCUGCAGGUAAAUAUGACAUCAAACAGAUGUCUUGGUUUGGUUUGGUCUUGGUUUGCGCACAAAAGUACCAUUAGUUUGGGAAAAAUUAAUUUGUUUACGUUGUACACUUUCCUCCCCUCUUUACAAACUUAAGACUGUAUGGAAAUAUUUUUGAUAGUUGUGGUUAAAAAUGUAUAAUUUAUGCUAGACAUGAAUUAUAUAUACAACUGAUUUAAAUAAUUUUGAACUAUAACUGAAUAUGCAAGAAAUUACAAGUUAACAUUUUUUAAACUCGUGAUAUUUUGCAAAUUUAAUUGCUUAUACUAAUGCAUAUAUUUCAACAUCGUGAUUCAAAGUAUUCAAAUACUUCACUUAUUUUGAAAUCAAUCGUAAAUAUUAUAAAUAUGAAUUCAUAAAAUACAUUACACUCACUACAAAUAGUUACAUUAGACUGAACUUGCAUUGUGAUAAUUUGAUGAUUUAUCGAAAGAAAGUUAUUAUCAAGUUAUAUUUGUCAACAUUUGUCCCAAAACUUCCAUUUUAUGUAAAAAUAUUAAUCUGCACAAACCAGUUUUAAAUUUAAUUUUAUCAUGUACCUAAACAAGUUCCGUUAUUUUAGGUAAAAAUAUUAAAUUUUGCGGAAAAAAGUUGCAGUCCAUCAAACAAAGUGACACCUGUAAUACUCAUACUAUUAUUCAUAUAACUGGCAACUUAAAAUCAUUAUAACUUCUAAAAUAAUUUCUGAAAAAAGUUAUUAAACUAUCAUCUUCAGCAAUAAAAAACACUUCGCGUGAUAUGCAUUUUAAAUUGUGAUAUUUCGCAUAGGUAUUUAAAUCUCACUUAAAAAAUAAAAUAUUGAAACAUUCUAUAUAAUUUUACUGAUAAUGUUUUUAUAUAUAACCCUUUCAGAUCCGAAUUAAAUCUAAUUACCAAAAAAAAAUUUUCUUAUUAUUAAUCAUAUCUAAAACAAUAUACUUACCAAGUUUCAAGUUAUUUUGAUCAUCUGGACCAAAAAUAUAGCUAUGUACAUAACAAUGGCCAUUGGGACAAUAUAGAGGUUUAAUCGGAUUAAGUAAUGUGAUGAGCUCAAUAGACUUGUAUUUUAAUCGGUCUAUCCAAAAAUGUAUGAAUUAUAAAUAGAUAAACAAUUUUUAUUAGUAAAAUUUUCUAAAAUAAUUUCUCCUUUUAAUGAAACAUGGAUGUGUAUUGAGCAUUUUACUCAAUACACAUGUGCCUUUACAGCCUUCUAACUUGUAUCUUCUUACUUCUGGACGAUUGUCAAUUUUUGAAAAAUGGCUGAAUUGAUCCUUUCUUAGUUCUUCUGUUGGUCUUUGAUUUAUAAUAGGUCAUAUCAUAAAUUCAUAACUACAGGAGCAGUAAAAUGUACAUUUUUCCAAUAUAUAUAUUUUUUUCAAUUGGAGUAAAUCUUGACCAUUUAUUGGAACCAUACGAUAUUAUAGGAGAUGUAUUUUGAAUAGGUUGUGGCCAUAAAUUUAAUGGAACUUGCUCAUUUAAUGUUUUAUUUAUUUCAAGGAUUUCUAGCUUUUUCCAUCUCAUAAUUCGAUUUUUUCAAAUUCGGUUAUGUCAACCAUUUGUUGUUCUAGAUCAUAGUCGAAGUCUUGCAAACGAUUCUUUGACUCUUGGGAAAAUUACCCAUAACCUCUUCAUCACUAGAUGAAGUAAUCACACAAUAGCUAUUUUAAGCAUAUCCCAUGUUUCCUUUGGCGUCUUGUUGAGCUUGACACAAAAUUUUACUGCAUAACGUCGUUCUAAAAAUGUUUCAGUCUUAACUACGACGCAGUCUCCGCACAGAGAUUCACAAUAAAACACAUCCUAACUCUCCGAGAGUUCGGAGACGACUAACAGUGGCAUCUCCGAAUAACUAUAGGCGCCCCUCACUCAUCCUAACCGGUUUCACCGUUCCGCAUUUCGUAGACAAAAUAAUUGGGUUCAUUACUUUCCGGAUAAACCCUGUAUACCUAUACGAGAGUGAAAUUUCCGGGCAGAAACCGCUGCGUGUUGCGAUAUUUCCACACGGAAUCCAAAAUAAAUCCAAAGAUUCCAAACACAUUGUUUAUUAUCAACUAGUAUCGUCACGUAAUUGUGCAUUAUUCCAUGCAUUAUUGUUUAUAAGUUAAAAGACAGCAUUGUAAAUUGUCGGUCUGCAUUACGACCACAGAGUAAUAUUAUUUAUUAUAAACUUCAACC